GCCUGAUCUGUUCAGGAGAUGCAUGAAGAGCUGCAAGGAGUGGCGGAGGAGGAGAGCGGGUGCACGAGCGAAGGCUGAAAGUGCAUGAGUGUGCCGAGGAGAGCAGGUUGAUGUGCGAGUGUGAGCGAGGGGAAGAUCCAAGAGACAGGGGGAGAACUGAAAACAAGGGAGCUCAUCUUUUAUCCAGCAUCUUUAAGAGGCUGAGCCAGACACGCAGAAAACAUGGCCAACAACACAACCACUAUCCACCCAAGUAGUCUCCCUGAGGCCAUCCCUCUGUCCCGAGUCUCCUUACAGGUCCAAGAGGUCUACCCUUUCCAUGAUGGCUGGAAUGUUGCCUGUUUCGUCAUCCUUCUGCUUUUCAUCCUCACCGUCCUCUCCCUGGCUGCCUUGGCUGUGCUCUAUGAGCUACUUGACUGUGGGUGCUGCACUAAGGGGAAAACACACCACCAACUACAGGAGGAAGGCCCAGGAAGCUGCAGCAAGCUCAUGACCAAUAUCUGCAAGGAGCCAGAGUCCCACACUGAAGUGGUAUAGAGGCAACAGAGAUGAGCAAAGAUGAAUUUUGGGAAUUUUUUGAAAAAAAAAAAAAAAAAAAAAAAAAAAAAGAAAAAGGGGACUGAAACUGUUGGACAGUGAGGAGUAGUGUAACAAUAAAUAAUGAGACCUUGAUUUCUGUUCUUUUUUUUCUCUCCACCCAAUUUAAGAAUGUCUCAGUGAAAUUGAAAGCAUGAGAGCUGAGAAUUUUGCCCAAAACACUUCUUUCAAAGUAAUAAAAAGAUAAACAGCUUAUUUGGUGGAUCAUUUUUCCAACUCAAAGGGUCCAUCUGUUUGCAUGCCAAACUUAUGGUGAUGUUAAUCAUCAUAUCAGCUUUGGAAAGCAAGCGUGCUUUUUUCCACAUGUUAUACAUUACCUAUAUAAAUAGCACUGCUUCUUUAGCUCAACACAAGCUUUGUAGCUGAUCUGUCAUUUACUUUAUUGUGUCAUUCCAUAUGCCUUACCACAAACUGCCUAACUCUCACUAAAGGAUGUGGGCUUUUUAAAUCACUGUUUAAAAACUGACUGUUGCUUGGCAUGUAAAUUGUGUGGGAUUAUUUUGUCAGAACUGUGUGUGUGUAAAUAAAAGGGAUCAAUGAUACAAUUUGUAAGGUUUCCAAUGGAAAGCUCCCAUUCCUGUUGUAAAAAACCAAAAAAAAACAAAAAAACUGAUGUAAGCUUUCCAAAGCUUGUUGAGCCAAUCUGUCUGCAAAUCAUAUAUUAAGAGCUCAUUUACAACACAGUCUGUCAGAGCGUGUUAUUGAAAUGCAAUGUCAAAGUCAUUUUUCUCUUAAUAAAGUCCCACUUCACAGAAAA